GCAACCUUGUUUUGUAGAUGAUUGGUAGUUUUUUGAAAGUUGUUAAAGAGAUUCUGAAAGUAGAUGGUAGAAAAUAGAAAAUUAAUCUGAAUAAUACAAAAUAAUUCAAAAUGGUUACACCAACUGUGUUCGAAGCCGCACAUAAAGGCGAUUUGGAAUUUGUAAUGUCUAAAGUAGAUGAAAACCCUGAACUUAUUCAACAAACUGAUUCAACAAAACGCAUGCUCAUACAUUGGGCCGUCCUCAGUGGCAAUUUGAAACUUGUCACUUAUCUCAUCGAAUUGAAAUCUCCUAUCAAUCCAGUUGAUGAUACAAAUACAAACCCUUUGAUUCUUGCUAGCUCUGCAGGCCAUACUGAAAUUGUGAAGUUCAUCCUCGAAAGAUGUGAUGACGUGAAUCAUAAAAAUGCACAAGGACAUUCGUCACUACAAUAUGCAGCUUCGAAGGGCUGGUUGGAGAUUUGCCAAUUAUUACUGGAUAAAGGAGCUGAUAUAAAUAUUGCCGAUGAACGUGGUAGUACUCCUUUACAUCGAGCUGCUUCGAAAGGUAACCUCGCAAUAGUUAAGCUAUUGCUCGAACACAAAGACCAGCUGAGAAUCAACAACAAGGAUAUUUAUGGUAACACCGCCCUGCAUUUGGCCUGCGAAGAAGACAGACAGGACAUUGCUGUACUAUUGGCAGAGAACGGAGCAGAUAUCGAGUCCAAAAAUAGAGAUAAUCAAACUUGCUUGGAUUUUUGUACACUAAAGUUGUUCAAAUUACUUAAAAAGUUUGUUUCAUAAAGAUUUAAAAGAAUAAAGGAGUGAUUUUAA